AUGAUUUGUUUGGCAGCACAAAAGUCGCAUGAUGAAGAAGAUUCAGUCAUCGCGCUGAUAACUUGGGGUUUCUUUUUUCCACUGCUGUUGUUUACUGUAUACAAGAUCGGCGAGAAUGCCAAAUGGGGCGUGAUUAGGCGUGUCAAAAGCAUUUUGAAAGAUAUGAGUGAAAAAGCAAAACCGUAUACAGAGUCCCGAGGCAGCGAAGAGUGGUCUGCUAGUGAAAUCACCGGCAGCAAGGAAAAGUCAGUGGGCUCGGAUGUCCAGAUCACUCAACGUACUACCUCCACAGAAUCACGUACAUCUGGAUCAUCAUCUGAUGAAGAGGCAAACAUUGUAAAGGAAAAACGAAGUUCUGUGAUAAUUCGGAAACCGUCAACUUCGCUCAGUAAUGCCCUGGAGUCAUUGGAAAACGGAAGGCCAGUUCUGUUCAAGCUUUCCGUGUCGCAUACCAAAAUGCCUCACAGAAAAGUCAAGAAAGUUACCAAAGAAGGGUAUAGUGGUGCUCAUGAUUUGAAAAGUAGCGAAACGAUCGAUGCCGAGAGCAAACUGAAACAAAAGGUAACCUCACAACCUCUCAAAUCGCUGCAAGGCAAAGGAACCAAAAAGCGUCUUCACGUUAAAGAGGACAUGCAGCUCGCAACAGGCAAUUCUGCAGCAGCAUUGGAUCUCAGAAAAAAGCAAAAAUUGGCAGCACCAUCGUUGGCAUCUGCGGAAGGAGCAAAAAGGGAAGACCGAAUGCCUGGAGGCGAGCAGACAUCCUCCAUGGCAGCAGCAGGACAUUCUUCUGUUGCUUCUAGGCAGGAGGAACUAACGAAGCAAAGAAAACAGGCACUGCAAUCAUCUGCAAGCAGCAGCAAAGAUUCGAAGACUACCGAAAGUGCUGAAAGUAGUAUAACAAGUGCGAAAUUGGCCAGCUCGGUGGGUAGCCGUCAGCUUGAUUCUUCUUCCAGCGACGCUUCCAUAACCGGAAGGCGAAGUCCCAUAUCAGACAGCAGUAUAUCCACUUCCAAGACGAGUCAAGAGAAAGGCAAGGUUUGUGCCGCGGUUUUUAGCGACGAAAUAAAAUCGAUGUCAAUGGAUAAUUCUGCCAGCAAUGCACAUGGCUUAAGGACCCGAAGAACACUCGAAACAGGCAAAACAAUGGCAGAAACUGUUGGCUUAAUGGAAAGCGAAAUGGGAUCUUGCCUUUCACAGAUGAUCAUCAUAGCGGCGGUUGUCUCUUCAGCGUUCUGUUCUUACGAAUGUUUCACGGUGGAAGGAAAUGUGCAAUGCGGAAAAGACAUGAGCAAAGUAUCGAAUGUCACCGUAGAAAUGAUGGACAAGGAUAUUCCAUUACUUCAUCACUUUGAUGAAAAAAUGGGGGCCGUGAAAACGGAUCAGAGGGGAUAUUUCAUCAUAAACGGAUGCGGUGCAGAUAUCGAUACACGGUUAUACACGAAUCGUCCUGAUCCGUACCUGAAGAUUUUUCAUUACUGUACUCGACCAGAAGGCGAAACACUCGUAACCUUUCCAUCGAUCCGACCUGGAAAUUCGAUUAAUCACGUUGGUACCAUCGUACUAGACGAAAGGCCAACGAUUGUUAAAUGGUAG